AUGGAAUCUGAGACUAGGUAUAUAGGAGGCUGGCCCUUCCAACCUAACCGCUUCUUUUUCAACUACCCAGUCAUCCCAGCCGAGUCUCACCCACCGUCAAAGAUGAAGGCCAGUCUUAUGCUUCUGUUGGCACCGUUGGUGUCAGCGGCUCCCACCGUCGAGCACCGUCAGGCUUCCCAGAGCAUCGACGCGCUCUUCAAGGCCAAGGGCAAGGAGUUCUAUGGCACUGCCACCGAUCAGGGCCGUCUUCAGGCUGGCCGGAACGCCGCCAUUAUCGAGGCCAACUUCGGUCAGGUCACUCCCGAGAACAGCAUGAAGUGGGAGAGUCUCAACCCCCGCCAGGGCCAGUACAACUGGGGCCAGGCUGACUACCUCGUCAACUGGGCCACCGAGCGCAACAAGACCAUCCGUGGCCACACCUUUGUCUGGCACUCUCAGCUCGCCGGCUGGGUCAACCAGAUCAACAACCGUGACCAGCUCACGCGUGUGAUCCAGGAGCACAUCCGCACCGUCGGUGGCCGCUACAAGGGCAAGAUCUACCACUGGAUGUUCAACGAGGAUGGCUCGCUCCGCAACAGCGUCUUCUCUCGUGUCCUCGGCGAGAGCUUCGUUAAGAUUGCCUUCGACGCCGCUCGCGAGACCGACCCCUCGGCCAAGCUCUACAUCAACGACUACAACCUCGACCAGCCCAACUACGCCAAGGUCACCCGCGGCAUGGUUGCCAACGUCAACAAGUGGCUGUCUCAGGGUAUCCCCAUCGACGGUAUCGGUACUCAGGGCCAUCUUCAGUCCGGCCAGGGCAAUGGUCUUGCCCAGACCAUCAAGGUUCUCGCUGCCACCAGCGUCAAGGAGGUCGCCGUUACCGAGCUCGACAUCCAGAACAACAACAGCAACGACUACGUCGCCGUGACCCGUGGCUGCUUGGAGGAGCCCAAGUGCCGUUCCAUUACCGUCUGGGGUGUCCGUGACCAGGAUUCGUGGCGCCCUCAGGGCAACCCUCUCCUGUUCGACAGCAACUACAACGCCAAGGCCAACUACAACGCCAUUGUGCAGUUCCUGUCGCAGUAA